CAGCAACUCCCGUCCCACGACAGAACUAUCAGUGAAUGUCGCAUCCGUAUAUACACUAGUUGCUCGGUGAUUGCAGCAUCCUGAAAUGUACAAGUCUCUUUAUCGUUUAUCAGAGAAACUUCACGGGAUAUUUAAUCGGGGCCUCGAGAUGCGAAUUCGCUUAUAUCUAGGUCCUUCGUCGACACGCCAAGCCGUGCCGUUUCCUGAACAUCGACCUUGCAACAUUGACCUCAGAAGCCAUCGCGAUGGGCCGAACCCCCUCCAGUGGCUAUUGCCAGACUUGCCGACGCAGGCGGGUAAAGUGUGACAAGCUUCGUCCCAAGUGCGAAAGAUGCCUAAGGUCGGGUCACAAGUGUUUGGGCUACGAGCUACCUCUUCGAAUGCAACAUUUCACCACUGUGACAGAGGCUAGCGGGGCCCAACAGCUGAUUCGCAUUUCUGAUACAACGAAAGUUACACUUCCGCCGCCAACCGUGACCCAAGAGUUGCCGUUGAUAGCUUUCCGUGAGCAAAUGGCGUUCUCUCAUCUCAUUGCCAACUACCGAUGGGGUCCCUUCUGGAAACCUGUGCUGCGGAUGUCCUUGAAUGGGCCGGCACCGCCUGACGUCGUCAAGGCUGAUUACACCGGAACCUUGGCGACGGCGCUUAGUUUCAUGGGCAGUAGAGUCAAAGAGCCACAGAUGCUGGCCGAGGGCUAUGAACUCAACGGCCAAGUGAUACGAGCCUUACAAUCGGCCUUGUCCGCUGCAUCAAAGAAACAUCUGGCCCAAUGGGCCAUCACAAUCAUCAUAUUGAGCAUCUACCAAUAUGCAGUUGAGCAGGAAGUCAAUAUUCCUCACUAUUACGGGAUGACAAGGAUCAUUGAGUGGUGCGGGCCGGAAUGUUUCCAGCAAGAGCCUAUGCUGACAAGUCUGCGCCAUAUGAGGGCUAUACAUGCAUGUAAAUGCUACAACCACUACGAAGGAUCUUUCUUUGAUCAGGAACGCUGGAAAACAGUACCAUGGCUGUAUCACCCGAAGACAUCUUAUGAUCUUUUGAUGGAUAUAUUUGUCGACGUUCCCGGGUUGACAGUUUCAAUAGCGCACCCAGCCGAGCCCCUUUCGCCAGAAAAAAAGGCUGCAGCUUGUGCCGUAAUACUCAAGAUGAUCUCUAAGUUACACGACUGGAGACGGGUUUGGGAAAGAUCCAACCAGAACAGUGUAUCGGAGGUCUUCAUGCCUUUGGAAGACGACGGUAUUACCAUAAGUUGGGUUCGAGAUUUGCUUUCUCAACCUUUGAUGCUCAAUACGGCCGAACAGGCGACGGAGCUUCUGAUCUACAAUUCCGCGAUCGUCCAGCUUAUGAAUCUUCAAGAUAUUCUAGACACCGGCAACCGAUUUCCACCCUCUUUGCCCUCUGAGUUGGACAGGACUAUACCAAAGAAGCCAGAUCGAGGGUUGUACAUGCCAGAAGAACUCCAGUACCGCUGGCAGCCCUUGAUGGAAGGGCUGAGGCUGAUGCGAUUGGUUCCAAAGAUAUUCUCGUCCGUUGAAUAUACAGUAAUGCUCUCCGCUUCGCCUUUCGGAAUCAUUUACAAUGCCUCGCUUGGGACUGAGGGUGUCGGGCGUGUCAUUCUUUCGACAAUGACAACCCCGGACGACAACGAAAUGGCAGAUAGAGAACUGUCCAUAUUCCGGUUGUGGAAGCCUGCGGAGUCAACGACUACAUAAUUUGGAAUCACGAAGACAAAGGGUCUUGUUGGUUUGUCGGAAUCAAUGGAGUCUGUAUUAGUGAAGAUACAACAUACGGCAAGAAAACUUAUUUAAUAAUUGCGCUUACUUCCAGUGGGGUUCACAAGAAAUAAUACUUUACAGUCUGCUGCUAGAAACAAACUUUUCUCCUACAGUUAACUUUACAAGAUUGCAGAUC